CAACCAGAACGCGCCGCCUACCCCCUCUUUCCAGCUCCUCGGUAUAAAACCCCGCCGGCUUCGCCCAACAAGCAAUCUUUGCGUUCUUUGCUAGUUCUCCCAUCGCAGAUCGCCGGACCCUGCCGUGUAGGAAGACACACACCGAUCAAGCAAUGGCGGCGGCUGCGUCCAGCGCCUGGAAGACAAGGUGGCUCCGGCCCGAGGCCUACCCGAUCUUCGCCGCCACCGGCGUCGCCGUCGGGAUCUGCGUCAUGCAGCUCGUGCGUAACAUCACCACCAACCCUGAAGUCAGGGUCACCAAGGAGAACAGGGCGGCCGGGAUCCUCGACAACCACGACGAGGGCCGCCGCUACUCCCGCCACCCCUUCAGGAGGUUCAUCGACGGCAAGUCUUCCGAGAUCAUGCCCGCCAUCAACAACUUCUUCACCGACCCGUCAAAGUCGUAGAUCGACGACUACAUCUUCGAUCUCAAGGAAUGGAAUUCUUUCACACCAAGUUUCCUUUCUUGAACCAAAUUAAUGCCCAUUAUUUUUCCCAGAAUUCAAGUAUCAUUAUUAGCCAUGAUUGUCUUGGCUGUACACUAUUAAUCUUUUUGAUCAUAUACAAAAAGCAUUGAUCGGAAUAAUCUGCAAGGAUUCUGCGCCUUUCUCGUUUA